UCCCUCUUUCCUUCCGUUCUUUUUUUUUCUUUUAGGUCCUGUGAUUUCAUGGACAACUUUUAAGGGGACUCCAGUGGAACUUGGGGGCUGUGUGGCAUCCAGAUGGACCCAGAUCUUUGCAUUUAAAUAGCCUCCUCUGCAGUUUCCCUAGUGUCUUCCUAGGGCUCUGUGGGACGCUGACUUCUGCUGUCCCCCAGAGUCCUGAGCCAUGGAGGGCUCCCGGGAGCCACCACUCAUCCUAGUGAAGGUUCUUGAGGACCUGGCCAGCACGCGGCAUGUGGCAUCUUACCAGGACCUCUGCCAGUCGCUGUGUGCCCGCCUGGACCUGCCGCAGCUGUCCAGGCUCAGAACCCUUCUCUUCCACACUGCCUGCCUGGACCCCGGCUUCCCGGCCACGCUGUUCAAGGACAAGGCAAAGUGUUCCGUGGACAACCCGCAGUCCAAGAAGAUCAUGGUGGCCGCUGACGUCGUGACCAUGUUCAAUCUCAUCCAAAUGAACAGCGGCACCACCAAGGGGAAGCUGUCGGGCUCAGUGGGAGGCAGACAGAAGGGGUGCAGGAAGGAAGCUGGCAGCGAGGCCGAGUGUGCGCCCCUGGACUGUCGGCUCCACGACCAGGCAUUGGAACCUGGCUACUCAGCCAGGCAGCGGGAGGGCCAGGAGAGCCCCGUGUUCCUCAGCCCCUCACAGCCCGACUUCCUGCUGGGCCCAGCUGGGAAGAGUGGCUCAGCCUCCCUGGACCGCCUUCAGGGCCUGGGCUCCUUCGGCGUGGGUGGCACGCGGCCCUGUGAGAUGCAGAGAACCUACUUCCCCAUGAACCUGGACACUGAGCCCCUCUCGGACACUGAGCCACUGCCACCGAGCCUGGCCAACAGUGACACCUUCCUAGCUGCUGAUGGGCAACUUUUGGUGCCCUCCAGUGGGCAAAGCCAUGGAGUCUCCAGGGAAAACUUCCACCUCCUGGUGCCUGUGAGCGCCCGGCAGCUGGAGGCUGAGUGUGGGGAGCCCCUGAGACAGAAGCAGCCGCCCAGGAGUCCCAUGUUCACCCACAGCUUUGAGCUGCCCUGCGGAAGCACCGGCCUGGAUGUUGCUUAUGACCAGCGGCGGGUCAAGCAUGAGAGCCUGGACGACCUGCAGGCCUCCACCUACUUCGGGCCCUCUCCUGUACCCGGAGCCCUGGAGCCAAGGCGCUGCCUGGGCAGGUCCGGCCGACCCACCCCCUGGCCGGCCAAGAGCUGGAGCCUGAACACAGAGGAAGUGGUUGACUUGGAACCAUCCUUCUUCAGCAGAGACCUGCCUGAGAAAAAGCAGCGCUACCCCAAUCCUGGCACGCAGAGCCCUGUGUUCCCCAUCCAAGACAGGCACCCCGUAUUCUUGGCACCCAAGGACCCACAGCCAGUCUUGUAUGUGUCCCAGCCCACAGAGGCCCCAUCACCAGCCCUGUCUCCCAUCGAACUAGACAAUCUGGAGCCAGUGAAGGCCUUCCCAGAGAAGGGAAAGGCAGCGGCCUGCAGCCUCCGGCAGCUGAGCUCCGACACAAGCAGCGUGAGCACCCAGACAGAGCAGCUGGCACCUGAGCCCAUAGGCAGCGCCGGCCGAUCCAGCGACAGGCCCAGCCGGAAGCAGUCGGAGGACUCAGAGGCUAUUAGCGACGACAUCAGUGACAUUUUUCGCUUCCUGGAUGACAUGAGUGUCUGUGGCUCCACAGGCGUUCUGCCUUCCUCUUGCUACAACAGCACUGGCUCCCUGUCCCAGCUGCCCAAGUCAGAGGGUGACAGCUCUCCAGAGCAGCCCCGUGGCCCCCGAGAGAAAGGUGACUCAGAGGAGGAGCUGAAGAGCAGCGUGUGUCGGCUGUUGCUGCGCAUUGGGGAGAUCGAACGGCGGCUGGAGUCACUGCUGGGCGUCCGUGAGGAGAUCUCCCAGGUGCUGGGCAAACUCAACAAGCUGGACCAGAAGAUGCGGCAGCCUGCAGAGGGGACGAGCCACACACCGCUGGACCUGCCCUCGAUGACCAGCGAGGAUGAGGAGGGAGGCUCGCCCCGGCUCCCUUGCAGUCACACACCCACCCGGGGUGACGGGGCCGCUGAGUGGGGCUGCUUGGAGGGCGGCAGCAGCCACAGUGCCAGUCUGCGGGUGGCCGCCCUCAAGCGGAAUCUGCUAGCCCGGCCCUCAUCCAGGUCCCUGACGGAGAACAGUGCCACAGAGUCCAAGAUUGCCAGUAUCUCCGACUUGCCCCGGGGCUGGAGUGCCAGCACCCGUGGUGCCCAUGGCACCCACCCUAGCCAUGGGGGCCUGGGUGGGGCUGAAGGCAAAGACUGGCAUCACAAGACCCGGGAGGCCGACCGGCAGCCUGACGGCCCUUUGCAGCCCCGAGUGGGCUUCCUGGUGGAGCAGGUAUUCAGCCCCCGCGCACACCCAGCCUCGCUGCGGGGCCCGGCCAAAGGUGGCUCCUUGUACACUGAUAUGCGGCUGGCCGAGGUGAAGCGGCAACCACCCUGGGCCCUGGACCAGCGUAUCCGCAGCACAGGUGGCAAGGGCAAGCUGGCCGCGCUGGACCUGCAGGCCCAGGAGACCCUGAACCCCAACAAUCUGGAGUAUUGGAUGGAGGGGCUGCACACACCCGGCUACGACUCGCUGCUAAAGCACAAGGAGGCUGAGUUCCGACAUGCCAAGGGCUGCAAGAUGGCAGCUCUCGUGGCUGCGGCUGCCUGUACCGUGCUGCUGGUCAUUGUGGUACCCCUCUGCACCAUGAAAUCAUGAGCGGCCAGGGGGCAUGGCCUCGGGCAUUGAGGCCACCUGUGGGGCCUCCCAAGGGCUACAAUGCUGAGUUUUGCUCGUCCAUCCAUCUGUCCAACUUUGUCUUCAUGGGCACCAUGGAAUGUUCUGGAUGUUCUUGAGGCCAAGUGGGAAGAGUGAGCUGCCAUGCCUGCUUAGAGAACUGGAGCCUGGGGAGCUCCCCAGGUUCCAGGCCCUUCGGGGUUGGGGAUCUCCCUGACACCUUCUGCUUCUCUGGGACUUGUGCCUUGAAGAAGAGAGAUGGGCCAGAACACUGAGGUUCUCAGGAGUGUGGGGUGUCGGGUCCCCUGUACCCACACUGACUUUCCAACACUG